AUGACGCAAAGUCAACCCGAAGAAAAUGAUAAUAAUUCUGACUCUAUGUUAGGUAUUCAACUUACCGGUCAAUCGAACGAUAAUGAUUCAAAAGUUCCUAAGAAUUUUGAUGACAAUUUCAAGAAUAACAUAAAUGAUCAUUCUUUUGCCCAAACAAAACCUGAAUUAGCUGUUAAUUUAGACAAUUCAUAUUCUCUUGAAGAAAACUUUAGUAAAAUCGUAGCAGAGAACGAAGAGUUAAAGAAACAACUUAAAGAACAAAGUCUUAAAUUUCAUGAACUUGAAAUACAGAAUAAACGAGAUAACAUUUACAUUUCAGAACAAAAAGAAGCAUUCGAAAAGAAUAUAAAAAAUUUAAAUUAUCAACUUCAAGAAAAAAGUAAAGCAUUCGAAAAACAACGUGAUAACAUUAAAAUACUUGGAGAAAAAAAUGAACAAAAUAACCUUGAAAUCUCAGAACAAAAAAAAGUAUUCGAGGAACAACUUAAAAAUUUAAAUAAAAAACUUCAAGCAACAAAUGAAACUUUAGAAGAAAAAAAUAAUGAAAUUAAAGAUCUAGAACAAAAAAAUAUCGAAUUAAAAGAUGAAGCUUCAAAAUAUCAAUCUGCUCUUGGGACUGCAACUAGUUUAAGAUUAUCAGAUAAUGACGAAAAUAAUUCAGUUACACUUAAAAAUGAUAUUUUAAGUUUACAAGAUUCUUUAGAAGAUUACAUUACAAAAUGUAAGGGUAAUGUAGAAAUUAAUAUUGAAGGAGUGCAAAACCUUUUGAUAAAAUAUGGAAGUCAAACGGUUAUUACGAAAGAAAAUAAACCCUUAAUUAAAGCAGUAUUACAACGACAUGUCGUUGAAACAAUUAUGUUAUAUGCGCAAGCCUAUUUUGAUAAUCAAAACAUUUACCAAGGAAAAUUGUAUGGUAUCGAGACUACUUUAUUCGCAAAAGCUAAUGAAAUGAUAAAUUUAACAAAAGAUUUCGCAAAUCAACGCAUCGGAACUGAUGAUACAACCAAAAUACUGCCUAUUAAAUUACGUCAACAAAUAUUUGGAGCUCUAGGAAACAGAGGAUUUAAUAAUAUUAUUACCAGUGGUAAAAAAACAAUAAUUCACAGACUUAUUUUACAUAUACAAACUGCUUUAAAUGAUGAAAUUGGAAAAUAUCGUAUAAUUAAAGAUCCUAAAAAGAAGCAAGAAAUCGAAGAAAUGGCUUCUGGUAUUAUUCAAAAAUUAAUCAGUUUAUUUUGGUUUAGACUUGAAGUACAGGAACCAUUUGCCGAAUAUAUUUGGUCCGAACCUGACACUAAAAUAGAUCCUAGUUAUAUGGAAGGAAAGUGGGAUGAUGAUGAAAUCGAAAAUCUUGUUGUAGAUAUUUGUUACUUUCCAACAAUAUCACAAGAAUUCGAUAAUAAGUCAAAACGACACAUUUAUACACCCGGUAGAAUCUUUCCAAAAUCUAAAAGGUCAUCAUAUAUAAAGAAUUUACUUUAUAUUUAG